AAUCUCUGGACAAGACGUGCAAACAACAGUAGUUCCAGCAAACUCAGCCUGUCCAUGAACAAGACUUCCCACGGCGACAACCGAGACGACCAUUCCUCUGGUAAACGAUUCACUUCUUUAGGCAGCCACGGUAGGAGUAGCAACCCAAUCAGCGCGCCACUCUCGUCGUCAGGAAGCGGUGCGUCGUUUGGGUUAGGCAGCGGCGCCUUCGCGAGCUUCGGCAGCGCGUCCAAGACGCCGAAGACUCCAGGCUCGGCGUUCGACUUCGGCAGGAGUAGCGUGGAUAAGAAGAGAGAAGAUAGCUCGGACGAGAGAUUGCCGGACAAGGAGCCGCAGACACAGCCGCAACGGGUGCAAGCACGGCAGUCACAGUCAUCUAUACCGCAAGUACUGCCACUGAGGUUUUCAUGGAUUGUGCACUACCGACCGCCGUCCGGGAAGAACACGGACUGGGAGAAGUCUAUGAAACCGCUUUGCCGGAUACACACGGUUCAGGACUUCUGGAAGGUGUAUGCGCAUCUCAAGCGGCCGUCAGCGUUGCCGCCCGUCUCCGACUACCACUUUUUCAAGGACGGCAUACGGCCGGUGUGGGAGGAUGAGGAGAACAAGAAAGGUGGCAAGUGGACCAUGCGGCUCAAGAAAGGCGUCGCGGACCGGUACUGGGAGGAUCUACUACUAGCUCUGAUCGGCGAGCAGUUCGCUGAAGCUUCGGAGGAAGUCUGUGGCUGUGUGGUGUCCGUGCGGGCGGGCGAGGACGUCUUCUCCAUCUGGACGAAGAAUGAUGGCGGCAGGAACGUUAAGAUCCGCGAGACGCUCAAGCGGAUCUUGGCGCUGCCGCCCGACACGGAGCUGGUAUGGCGUGCGCAUAGCGAGAGCAUGACCCAAGGGAAAGAAGCGGAAAAGGCUCGAGCGGAGAAG